ACCUCCUCUGCCCCGCCUCACGCGCCUCCCUGGAGCAGCCGCGCCCGCCCAACAGGGCCGAGGCCUAGCAGCGGCGUCGUGGAUUGGAGUUGCCGCUCCCACCAAGCAGCGCCUCCCCCCGGAGCUCCGCCGGCAGAGCAUUGCAGAGGGAAAAUAGUAAUGGAGUUGAUAAAUGCUAACCCUGUGAUUCAUGAGAAAAGAGAGAGGCGCACCCGUCAGGCACCAGAAGACAUAGAUGAAAAUGCAACAGAGGCCAUAGACCAGCUUGAGAUAUUUGAUCAUAUUAGAGACAUAAAGGACCCAGAACAUCCAUACUCAUUGGAAGAUCUUAAUGUGGUAAAUGAAGACUCGGUCGAAAUCAAUGAUGAACUUAGUCAUGUCAGGGUUACUUUCACCCCAACAGUGGAGCAUUGCAGUAUGGCCACUAUCAUUGGCCUUUGCUUACGUGUGAAGCUGAUGCGGAGUCUUCCACCUCGUUACAAGGUGGACAUACGGUUGACUCCUGGAUCACAUGCAACUGAAGCUGCCGUGAACAAGCAACUGAGCGACAAAGAACGUGUGGCGGCCGCGCUGGAGAAUUCAAACCUGCUGGACAUAGUGGAGGAAUGCUUGUCACCGACGCUCGGUUGAGACCUGAGUAGGACUGGAAACCAGUGUGUGGAUAUAUUCCUAGACCACAACAGAUAUUUGAGAAGAAUUAUAGGCGGUGCAGGACGUGUGCAUGAAUUUUGAGGCCCCAUGCCUCUCUGUAAGCACAUUGCUGCUGCUUCAGCUCUCGUAUCGUAGUGGUAGUAUGUAGGUCGUCGAGUGCUGCUAUUUUUUUCUUGGAAGAACUGGGUGCUGCUACGUUUUUGUACGGUCCUGAUUGUACAUUGAGGGAUAAUAGUGCGGUGAUCCGUGCCGUCUCUAAAAUUCUGUCUGGGUUACUGUUAUCCUGGGUCAUGAAUUGAAUAUAUCAUGCUUAUCCUUUUAUUUGAA